AUGACAGCCGGGACAGUGGUCAUCACUGGUGGAAUUCUAGCUACUGUUAUAUUACUCCUUAUCAUCGCAGUAUUGUGCUACUGUAGGCUGCAGUAUUAUUGCUGCAAGAAGGAAGAGUCCGAGUCGGAGGAGGAGGAGCCGGACUUCGCCGUCACAUCCCGCCUUCCACCCGUCCACUCCAAUCACAACAUUGUGGCGGCGACAGCCGCCGCCUCCUCCAUCCCAAAUGGCCCAGACCUUUUUUCCACCCCUCCGCUGGCCAGGAAACUGACACGUUCACAGACCUUCUGUCCAUCCUGUACGCACUAUGAGCUGCCUUUCUACCUCCAGCCCCCUCAGCCGCAGCUCCACCAUCAACCAGAUGGGUUGAGGAACGGAGGUGACCGGAUCAGCUACCGCAGCGUCCAGCAGCAGGACCUGGAACUGCCAGUGCCUGUGAACAUUUCAAACUACCGUAAACCAAACCUGGCCCGCUCGGUCACCAUGAGGGACAUGUUCACACGCAGCUGCAGCAUCAGCACCGAUGUUUAG